AUGGCGUCGAUGAUGAUGUUCACCGACUGUUCAUCCUCUUCCAUGGCGGCUCGGCUUCCCCCUUUGAGCCCUCGAAGCUUCUUCCAUUUUCACCCCUCGAUGCCUUUCCACUUGAGCCUCACAAACCCUACCUUCCCCAGAACCAUCAUCACUUUUCACAGACCUUCUCCUUCGUCCUCUGUCAUCACUGCUGCAAUGACUACCGAGGCAUUUGCGAAGGUUAUUGAUGGAAAAUCAGUUGCAAAAGAAAUCAGAGAUGAAAUAACUGCUGAAAUAUCCAGGAUGAAGGAUUCAAUAGGGAUUGUGCCAGGGUUAGCAGUUAUCCUAGUUGGGGAUAGGAAGGAUUCUGCAACAUAUGUACGCAACAAGAAAAAAGCCAGUGAAUCUGUAGGGGUCAAUUCCUAUGAAGUGUUUUUACCUGAGAACUCGACAGAAGAAGAAGUGCUCAAUUACAUCUCAAACUUCAAUGAUGACCCUUCAGUUCACGGCAUCCUUAUUCAGUUACCUUUGCCUUCUCAUAUGAAUGAGCAGAACAUCUUGAAUGCUGUUUGCAUUGAGAAAGAUGUGGAUGGAUUCCACCCGUUAAACAUUGGUCGUCUUGCCAUGCGAGGUAGAGAACCAUUGUUUGUUCCGUGUACACCUAAAGGAUGCAUUGAAUUGUUGCAUAGAUAUGGUGUCAACAUUAAGGGGAAGAGGGCUGUUGUGAUUGGUAGGAGCAACAUUGUUGGAAUGCCUGCUGCUUUGUUGCUGCAAAGGGAAGAUGCCACUGUCAGCGUUGUCCACUCCAGAACCAAGAAACCAGAGGAGAUCACAAAACAAGCAGAUAUAAUAAUCGCAGCUGUAGGGCAACCAAACAUGGUGAGGGGUAGCUGGAUAAAGCCAGGUGCAGUUAUUAUUGAUGUUGGAAUCAAUCCAGUUGAGUUGGUUUAUUAUGCAGCUGCAAUGACUACCGAGGCAUUUGCGAAGGUUAUUGAUGGAAAAUCAGUUGCAAAAGAAAUCAGAGAUGAAAUAACUGCUGAAAUAUCCAGGAUGAAGGAUUCAAUAGGGAUUGUGCCAGGGUUAGCAGUUAUCCUAGUUGGGGAUAGGAAGGAUUCUGCAACAUAUGUACGCAACAAGAAAAAAGCCAGUGAAUCUGUAGGGGUCAAUUCCUAUGAAGUGUUUUUACCUGAGAACUCGACAGAAGAAGAAGUGCUCAAUUACAUCUCAAACUUCAAUGAUGACCCUUCAGUUCACGGCAUCCUUAUUCAGUUACCUUUGCCUUCUCAUAUGAAUGAGCAGAACAUCUUGAAUGCUGUUUGCAUUGAGAAAGAUGUGGAUGGAUUCCACCCGUUAAACAUUGGUCGUCUUGCCAUGCGAGGUAGAGAACCAUUGUUUGUUCCGUGUACACCUAAAGGAUGCAUUGAAUUGUUGCAUAGAUAUGGUGUCAACAUUAAGGGGAAGAGGGCUGUUGUGAUUGGUAGGAGCAACAUUGUUGGAAUGCCUGCUGCUUUGUUGCUGCAAAGGGAAGAUGCCACUGUCAGCGUUGUCCACUCCAGAACCAAGAAACCAGAGGAGAUCACAAAACAAGCAGAUAUAAUAAUCGCAGCUGUAGGGCAACCAAACAUGGUGAGGGGUAGCUGGAUAAAGCCAGGUGCAGUUAUUAUUGAUGUUGGAAUCAAUCCAGUUGAGGAUGCUAAAAGCCCUCGAGGCUAUAAGCUAGUUGGAGAUGUAUGCUAUGAGGAGGCCUCCAAGAUUGCUUCAGCUAUUACUCCUGUUCCUGGGGGUGUUGGGCCCAUGACUAUAGCAAUGCUUCUAUUAAAUACUCUCAUCUCAGCAAAAAGAGCUCACAACUUCCAGUGA